UGGCUCAGCCCAUCCUAACUUGAGGCAGAGGAAGCCACAGCAGCAGCUCAAUAGUUACAGGGGAGUGGCAGGCCCCUCCCGGCCACGUCUUGGCUGGUGCCCCCUCCUCCCUCUGCCCGGCACUCGAGCCGUCCAGCUUGCAGCCACCCUAGUCACUGGAGCUGCAGGGCGGACUAAAAAUAACCUGGGCUGGCACCUGGACCCAGGGCACAGGUGCCAGCCGAGGGCAUAAGAUCCCAGAGACCCCGUGUGGAAGACCAAGCCUGCAGCAGGCAAAGCUCUGCUCCUCUCUCAGGCCCCACCCAGGCUAUCGUCCCUCCUCCCUUUUAACCCCUCUUGCCUCCUCUCCCCGGCCUGCAGAGGAGGUCACUCGUGCAGAAGGAAAGCCUGCCACCAGCCUCGGGAUGGGUAGCUGCGACAGGAAAGCCCUCUGGGCUCUGAGCUUCCUACUGCUGCUACUGGGCUCCAGCUCUGUUCAGGGCACUUGGGAGGCAAUGUUGCCGGUCAGGCUGGCUGAGAAGUCCCAAGCUGAAGAGGUUGCAGCAACAGGCUCCCGGCAGCCCCACGCAGACCGCUGCCCACCACCGCCACGGACGCUACCCCCGGGUGCCUGUCAGGCCACACGCUGCCAGUCUGACUCUGAGUGCCCACGACACAGACGCUGCUGUUACAACGGCUGUGCCUAUGCCUGCCUGGAGGCGGUGCCACCGCCACCAGUUCUAGACUGGCUGGUGCAGCCCAAACCACGGUGGCUUGGUGGCAAUGGCUGGCUGCUGGAUGGUCCGGAGGAAGUGUUACAAGCAGAGGCCUGCAGCACCACUGAGGAUGGGGCAGAGCCACUCCUCUGUCCCUCAGGCUAUGAGUGCCACAUCCUGCAGCCAGGGGAUGCGGCCCAGGGCAUACCCAACCAUGGACGGUGUGUUAAGCAACGUCGACAAGCAGAGGGGCGGGUCCUGCGACAGAAGCUUCACAAGGAGUACCCAGAAGGUGACUCCAAGUAUGUGGCAGAGCCUGGGAAGGGACAACAGAGGCACUUUCCAUGAAGUGGAGACUGGCUGAACGGGACUCCAGAGCUCCUGGGAAACGGGACUUCAGACUCCCAACCCCAGAGUGGCCCAGCCUGGUGCGGCGGUAACUUGGCGGAAGCCCCUGACCACCUCUGGGUCCCCGCUCAGCAUCCUUGUCACAGGAACCCGCAGCUUCUAGGUGACUUUUGCAGAUUUUGCCUGCAGAAGGCAUAUAUUCAUCUCUUUUUUUCCCCGAAUAAAUCUGCCCACCAUGUAGCAGAAAUAA